AACUCACAAGAGGAACAACCAUUGGUCGAAGCGGCGUAAGGAGACGACGAGCAGUUCACACAACACAUUCCACUCCACGAUUUCCCUUGCAGAACCAAAAAAGAAAGUGGUGGUAAUGGAUUCGUUCCUUCUUCUCCUGAUCGCAGGAUUGCUUGGGUCGACGUCCGUCGUCGAGGGGUUCGACACGCUCUUUGGCGCCAACCUCAAUGCCAAAAGCCCACUCGUCGGCCGUGUUUCGGCGGGCCCCCUCGAAAUUUCGAGCAUGGGAUGUGGAACGUGGUCAUGGGGGAAUCGAUUCCUGUUCGACUACGAUCCGUCUCAAGACGAGGAGAUAUACGAAGCCUACCGAGAAGUCCGAAACGCUGGUGUGACGCUGUUCGAUACCGCGGAUUCGUACGGCACCCUGGAUUUGAACGGAAGAGCAGAAAUUCUGCUAGGGGAAUUCGAGCGACGGUACCUGGACGAAUUGGGGAUAUCGUCGGAUGGAGACGAGAGCGGGCAAGACACACCGUCGUCCUGGUGGGAGUUUGGUUCGAAACCACCAGCAUCCAAGAACAAAAACUAUAGGCCCCAGCAAGUCGCAACGAAACUCGCCCCCUACCCCUGGCGAGUCACCCGCAACAACAUCGUCCGAUCCGCUGAGGGUUCUGUCCGGCGGUUGGAACAGCCCAAGCUGUCGAUCGCGCAGCUGCACUGGUCGACGGCCAACUACCAACCCUUUCAGGAACGGGCCCUACGCGAUGGCAUCUGCGACGUGUACGACAAGGGGCUGUGCGACGCCGUUGGCGUAUCCAACUAUGGUCCGAAACAAUUGAUAUCCGUCGCGGAGAAAUUCCGCGAGCGAGAGGUUCCCCUCGCGAUCGCACAGGUACAGUAUUCUCUGAUGACCUACGACGCCAAUGGGAGCACCGGCAAGACCAAGAUGACCGGCAAGGACAUGAACGAGGCCUGCGACGAGGUGGGCUGCCGGCUUAUUUCAUAUUCGCCCUUGUGCCUCGGGUUGUUGACUGGAAAGUACACCCUGAAGGAAACUAAUCGAUUGCCAAAGUCCAAGGCGCGGCAGCAGCUAUUUCGGGAAUUGCUUCCCGGUGCCCAGGGAUUGCUCGAUACCCUAGAGGUCGUUGCCCAGGACUACGGGAAAUCCCAGUCGCAGGUCGCGAUCAAUUGGUGCAUGGCGAAGGGAACUGUACCCAUUCCUGGGGGAAGGACACUCCAGCAAGCACGAGAGAAUCUUGGUGCCACUGGCUGGUCCCUCAGGCCAGAUGCGGUCGAGGAACUAGAAAUAGCGGCAUCCAAGGUAACAAAACCAAUGGUACAAAAUGUGUUUCAAACGGAGUAGAUGGUUUGGCUUCCAGAGAUGUGAUGGAAUUUUCAAUUGCAUUUCUACCAUUAACGACUGUCGAAACAGUGAUCGCAAGAACCAAUCAUAAUUCUUCCAGUCAUUUCUAGUGAUGUACACAUACUGUAGAGAGAUUUUGUUCUAUUUUUUAUGCCUAUAAAACAAGUUAUCACCG